AAUACCACUAACCUGCCGAAACCCCUUUUAUUGUUACUCUCUAAUUCCCUUUUGUUCCUUACAACAAUUACACAUAACUAGUCAUACUAAUGGUAGUUCAAAGUUCCACCACGUGCGGCGGCGGUGGUUCGCGCAAGGAGACAUCCAAGGAACUCCACUUUCGCGGCGUUCGUAAGCGGCCAUGGGGUCGAUACGCAGCUGAAAUCCGCGAUCCCUGGAAGAAAUCACGACGUUGGCUCGGAACAUUCGACACUGCUGAGGAAGCUGCCUUAGCCUACGAUGAGGCCGCAAGGAAUCUCCGUGGACACAAGGCCAAAACUAAUUUUGGACUCGAUGGGUUUGCUGCAACCGCCCCAAGAAAACUCCAGCAUUGGUGUUUUCAGGCCCAUGAAAAUAGGAACAGUAUGGUGGCUAGUACUGAGUAUACAGGGUAUAAGAUAGAAGGUGUUGGUGUUGUAAUGAAUGAACAUGAGAAUGAGAAGAAGAAGAUGAUGAUGAAAAGUGAGAAGAAACCUUUUUUGUUUGAUCUAAAUCUCCCUGCGCCACUUUUCUAAUUAGUUUGAUGUGUUAGGGUGGAUCUAUUGUUGGAAGAAUAUUCGAGAAUACGUGUUUAUACAUAUGUUAAAAAUCUAUUAUCAGAAAAAAGAAAAUUAGUGCAUAUAAUGUUAUGGUAUUUUGAACCGUCUUACAUAAAAUUCUAGAUCUGUAUUAUUUUUGUCUCA